GUGUCUGGUGAUUCAUGAUGACGAGCAGAAACUCCUGCUCUGAUUCUGGAGCUAGAGGCCAAUCUCAAAGGAGAAGGGUGUCUUUCCGCUCUGAGCUCCCGGACACGUUGAAAUCUCAUCGUUCAGCGAAUGGAACUCGACUCUGGGCUGCUGCUCCUUCCUGAAUGACUGUGUUGUUUGCACUGGAAUUGGGACUUAUUAAAGAGCAUUUGCAUUUUCUUUCUUUGAAUCAAAUUCUCACUGGAAAUCCAUUAUAUGAAUCUUAUUACAAGCAGGUAGACCCAGCGUACACAGGGCGAGUUGGGGCGAGUGAAGCUGCACUCUUUCUAAAGAAGUCUGGGCUCUCAGACAUUACCCUUGGGAAGAUAUGGGACUUGGCUGACCCAGAAGGUAAAGGGUUCUUGGACAAACAGGGUUUCUAUGUUGCCCUGAGAUUAGUGGCCUGUGCACAGAGUGGUCAUGAAGUUACCUUGAGCAAUCUGAAUUUGAACAUGCCGCCGCCUAAAUUUCACGACACCAGCAGCCCUCUGAUGGUCCCGCCGCCUUCUGCAGAGGCCCACUGGGCUGUGAGGGUGGAAGAAAAGGCAAAAUUCGACGGAAUUUUUGAAAGCCUCUUACCCAUCAAUGGCUUGCUCUCCGGAGACAAAGUCAAGCCAGUUCUCAUGAACUCAAAGCUGCCUCUUGAUGUCCUGGGCAGGGUCUGGGACCUCAGUGACAUCGACAAGGAUGGACACCUGGACAGAGAUGAGUUUGCUGUGGCCAUGCACUUGGUGUACCGAGCUCUCGAGAAGGAGCCCGUGCCCGCCGUCCUGCCCCCGUCCCUCAUCCCACCUUCCAAGAGAAAGAAGACAGUGUUCCCAGGUGCUGUGCCCGUUCUGCCCGCCAGCCCUCCGCCAAAAGACAGCCUCCGCUCCACACCUUCCCAUGGCAGUGUCAGCAGUCUGAACAGCACAGGAAGCUUGUCUCCUAAGCACGGCAUUAAGCAAACACAGCCGACAGUGACUUGGGUGGUGCCUGUGGCGGACAAGAUGCGAUUUGAUGAGAUAUUCCUGAAGACCGACCUGGAUCUGGACGGCUACGUGAGUGGCCAGGAGGUGAAGGAGAUCUUCAUGCACUCGGGCCUCACCCAGAACCUUCUAGCACACAUAUGGGCCCUGGCCGAUACGAGGCAAACGGGGAAGUUAAGCAAAGACCAGUUCGCCUUAGCUAUGUAUUUCAUUCAGCAGAAGGUCAGUAAAGGCAUCGACCCUCCUCAGGUCCUCUCGCCGGACAUGCUCCCGCCCUCCGAGAGAGGCACUCCGGUUCCGGAUGGUUCAAGUUCCCUUGGAUCGGGGGAGUUCACUGGUGUGAAGGAACUUGAUGACAUCAGUCAAGAGAUCGCCCAGUUACAGCGGGAGAAAUACUCACUGGAGCAAGACAUUAGAGAAAAGGAAGAGGCCAUCAGACAGAAGACCAGCGAGGUCCAGGAAUUACAAAAUGAUUUAGACCGGGAAACAAGCAGUUUGCAAGAGCUAGAGGCUCAGAAGCAGGAUGCCCAAGACCGCCUGGACGAAAUGGACCAGCAGAAGGCCAAGCUCCGGGACAUGCUGAGUGAUGUCAGGCAGAAGUGCCAGGAUGAGACUCAGAUGAUUUCGUCAUUGAAAACCCAGAUCCAGUCUCAGGAAUCUGACCUCAAGUCCCAGGAAGAUGACCUGAACCGGGCCAAAUCUGAGCUGAACCGGCUGCAGCAGGAGGAGACCCAGCUGGAGCAGAGCAUUCAGGCUGGGAAAGUUCAACUGGAAACCAUCAUCAAAUCUCUGAAAUCCACACAAGAGGAAAUCAACCAGGCAAGGAGCAAGCUUUCCCAGCUGCACGAAAGCCACCAGGAAGCUCAGAGAAGCCUGGAGCAGUGUGACGAGGUGCUCGACGGGGCGCACGGUGCCAGCCUGACCCGCCUGGCCGACCUGAGCGAGGGUGUCUCCCUGACAGAGAGGGGCGGUUUUGGAGCCAUGGUAAAGGAUGAUCCUUUCAAAAAUAAAGCCUUAUUAUUCAGCAACAAUGCCCAAGAAUUGCAUCCGGAUCCUUUCCAGGCAGAAGACCCCUUCAAAUCUGACCCAUUUAAAGGAGCCGAUCCCUUCAAAGGUGACCCGUUCCAGAAUGACCCCUUUGCAGAACAGCAGACAGCUUCAACAGAUCCAUUUGGAGGGGAUCCUUUCAAAGAAAGUGACCCGUUCCGUGGUUCUGCCUCCGAUGACUUCUUUAAGAAACAGACAAAGAACGACCCGUUUACCUCAGACCCCUUCACGAAAAACCCUCCUUUACCCUCAAAGCUUGACCCCUUUGAAUCCAGUGAUCCUUUUUCAUCCUCCAGCCUCUCUUCAAAAGGAUCAGGUCCCUUUGGAACCUUGGACCCCUUCGGAAGUGGCUCCUUCAGUAGUGCUGAGGGCUUUGCUGACUUCAGCCAGAUGUCCAAGCCCCCAACUUCUGGCCCUUUCACCUCCUCCUUUGGAGGGGCAGGAUUCUCAGAUGACCCCUUUAAAAGUAAACAGGACACUCCCGCUCUGCCUCCGAAGAAGCCUGCUCCUCCACGGCCUAAACCGCCCAGCGAAGCCAUGGCUGAACAGAAAAAGCCAGCGCUGUACACACUGCUGGGCGGAAAAAGUACACCUAUAAGCCAGCUUGGUUCUGCAGACUUUCCCGAGCCCCCCGAUCCAUUCCAGCCGCUCGGGGCUGACAGCAGUGACCCGUUCCAAAAUAAAAAGGGGUUUGGGGACCCGUUUAGUGGAAAAGAUCCAUUUGCUCCCUCCUCUUCAGCUAAACCUGCUAAAGCCUCUUCCUUGGGCUUUGCAGACUUCACCUCUUUUGGCAAUGAGGAGCAGCAGCUGGCGUGGGCCAAGCGGGAGAGUGAGAAGGCCGAGCAGGAGCGGCUGGCGCGGCUGCGGCGGCAGGAGCAGGAGGACCUGGAGCUGGCCAUCGCGCUCAGCAAGGCUGACAUGCCCGCCACCUAGGCACGGCCACCAUGCGUGCACGUGGGUGGGACAGCGGGCCGGGUGCGGCAGGAGAAAACGCAGCAGUCUGUAUAUACACUCACUCUCAGCGGUCCCCGUGUCACAUUGUGGCGUGUCACAGCCAUGUCAUGUCAAGGACGU